UCUUAUCGGCGGACUUUAAUAAGGUCUUUUCCCGAACAACCAGAUCAACCCAACCCCGAGGAAAUUCUUGAAAGCAACCUACCGAUCCACGCCUUCUGUGGCUUCCUCCCCUUCCUGAUCAUGAAGUUUGGCCUUGAAUCAAUAUCGAGCAACGUAUAUCCAGAGGAAUGAUCGAACUCGGCCUAAACCGCAUUUCCCGUCUCGUCCAACAGAGCCCACUGUCUUGGAAGGCUAUUCAUAUUGCGGGCACGAAUGGCAAAGGUUCGAUUAGCGCAUACCUAUCCCAUCUCCUCACCGCUGGGGGAGUUCGCUGUGGCCGAUUUACCUCCCCUCAUUUAAUAGACCGCUGGGAUUGUAUCACUAUCGGUGAGCGGGUGGUCCAAGAAUCUCUAUUCCGACAGAUCGAGGAGAGAGUCAAGCAGCGGGAUCAAAGCCUGGGCAUUGGAGCGAGCGAGUUCGAACUGUUAACAGCAACGGCCUUUGAGAUCUUCAACCAUGAGCAAGUCGAGGUUGGUGUGGUUGAGGUUGGCAUGGGUGGCCGCUUGGAUGCUACAAAUAUCCUGAAUAAUGUGCUGGUGUCGGUGAUUGCGAAGAUCGGUCUGGAUCACCAGGCUCUGUUAGGAGAUACAAUCGAAGCAAUUGCUAGGGAGAAGGCAGGGAUCUUAAAGCAUGCGGUUCCAUGCGUGGUUGACGGCACCAACUCUCCGGAAACUAUAGAUACCAUUAAAAGCCGGAUUGCAGACCUUGGUCUUGAUGCGACUUUCGUCUACCCAGAUGCACCAGAUAGCCAGUUACCAUCCCUAGGGAAUCUUUUCAAAACCCUUGAUUUACAGACUCAUCAGAAGGCGAAUAUGUCAGGUGCAGCAGCAGCUCUAAAGAUCGCCUUUUCGAAAAUCCGCCCCGGAAUUGAUGUCGACGCCCUAAUCCCUCAACUCUCGUCCACAGUGUGGCCCGGUCGUCUGCAAAGCAUCGUUCUAGAACCUCUCGUCUCUCGAAAAGAACCCGUUUUACUUGACGGUGCGCACAAUACCCAGUCUGCGGAGGUCCUCGGGGAGUAUGUUGACCGCAAAUUGCGCACGUCGGGUAAAAGCGUGACUUGGGUUAUCGCAGCAUCGCAUGGAAAGGACAUUACACCGCUGUUUCACUCGAUCAUUAGACCGAGCGAUACUGUUGCAACAACGGAGUUUGGCCCUGUGGACGGAAUGCCUUGGGUCAAAGCAGCAGACUCCGAAGAACUGGCUUCGUGCGUUCAAUCAAUCCAAGGAAUUAGUCAGGUGCAGGCAUUUGGAAAAGAUAUUCCCCGUGCAAUUGACUGGGCAUCUAAGCAGGCAGAUGGCGCUCCUUUGGUUAUUGCAGGUAGCCUUUACCUGGUCUCAGAUGUCCUCCGUCUCCUGAGAGAAGCAAAAUAAUUAAGAACCUCAACUGAAACAUAUGAACAAUGCCUCCCUUUAGAUACCCAUCAAGGACUAACCGCCUUCUGAUUUAUUGUAAUAUAAAGUCAUGAAUAAAUCCAAGUAAUUCAUGAAUGUUUUUCUCUACAUGUGACUUGGACUUCCUACAGCGUUGUCUAUAUUUUAAAGCUUUGCAGUACAUAAAUUCAAUCCACAUCUCUAC